CGGACGCCUCCAGUAUCCCGCGUAUAUUGCCGCGGAUCGCACGCGGUGCUGUUGAACCGUUUCUUUUUUCUCAUGGGGAACCCGUAAUUGAGGACGCCAUCAACUAGACAGUUUCGUUCGAAUUCCUUACGAACAAUAUGAAAUUUGUAAAAGCGCAAGAUAUAAAAUUACCACCACGAUUUCGAAACGAAGGCUUACAAUGCAUAUAUGCCAAUGAACAUAGCAACAUUAUUCUCUCUGUGGAACUUCAUGAAUAUACGGAAGGGACCGAAAUAACUUGGUCCAAGGAUGGAGGGGCACCGAUAGUUCCGGAUACGAGGCGGCAUCUAAAGGUGACCGGAAACGCCAUCCAACUUGCCCUAGACAAUGUGCAGCGAGAAGAUGCAGGCAUGUACUCGGUCACUGCUCAGACCUCCGUCGGGUCUGUUUCCAGAGAUCUUGAGCUUAGAAUAGGGGCGCAGGCGAUGGCAGACCUUGGUUACGAUGAGCCACCGGCUUUUCUGAGACGACUAAACGACUUGUCUGUUAAAGUGGGCACCAGGACGAGAUUUCUUGUAGAGAUUAGAAGUAGUUCCGAUGUAACGAUUGAAUGGUACCACAACGAAGUAAAGGUGGACGAAGGAGAGAGAUAUAAAAUAGUAAACGAGGGUGUAUUUCACUGCGUGGAUGUUUCUUUAGUAACCGCCCAUGAUAAUGGAAGAUGGACCUGCACCGCAAGAAAUGUUGCUGGCCAGUCAACUACUUCUUGCCAUCUCAACGUACUCAUUCCGAAGUCCUACAGAGCGCCCGAGUUCCUAGAUGAGCUGCGUGCUCUUCUUACUGAACAAGGGACCGUUUCGUUGGAGUGCAAGGUGGUUGGUGUUCCCACGCCUCUGCUGCGCUGGUUCAAGGACGAAAUUGAAAUAAGGGCUGGAGAUGUCUUUGCCCUUACCGCUAACCCCGAUGAUCCCACAUCUCUGGGAAUCUACACAUGCGAAGCCAUAAACUGCAUUGGAACUGCAGUUUCCCGUUCCAGAGUUACGGUCGUUGGUAAGGGAAGUAGAGAAGGAUCACUUAAACCAGCUGACAGCUCUGUUCCAACCGGACCUCCUCCAACAUUUGUUCGAGAUUUAAUAAACGAAGACAUUAAAAUUGGAGAUCCUCUAUUAUUAGGCUGCCAAGUGUUGGUGCCCCCGUGGCCCAAAUCAGUUUGUUGGUAUAACUCUGAGGGCCGCAUCGAAAACGAAGUACCUGGUAGUAGGUACCGACAGAUGGCAGACGGAAUUGGAGGGUACAUGUUAGAAGUCAAACCUACUGAAGCAGCAGACCAGGGCGAAUGGAAGUGCGUUGCUACUAGUGAAGAUGGUCCUGUUUCAAUCUCCACAUGCGAAGUCAAAAUGACAAUCCCAAGACAUUUCCGAAAACCAAGAUUUAUGGACACUUUAAAAGCAGUAUUAACAGACGAAGGAUUAGUUUCUUUUGAAUGUAAAGUCGUUGGUUCACCAACGCCUUUACUAAGAUGGUUUAAGGAUGGACAAGAACUUAAACCAGGAGAUGUUUACCAAUUAACUGGCACCAAUUCGUUGGGAUCUUACUGCUGCAUUGCAAGAAAUUGUAUGGGCGAGGCCAGAAGUUCGGCUGAAUUAACUGUAGAAGAUAUUCAAAGUCAACUGAAUGACGAGGAAAGGGUUCAAUUAUUGUCAAAAAGUCAGGCUCCGAAAUUUGUUUUAGGAUUAAAAAGUAUGGAAACUAAAAUUAAUGAGUCAUUUAGGUUUACAGUUCAAGUAAGCGUCACAACACCUUUACCAAGUUUAGCAUGGUAUAAAGAUGAUCAAGCAACUGAUAAUGAACCUGAUAAAUAUUUUAUUAAUAGAGAACAUUUAGGUGUUUGCCACUUGGACAUAAGACAAGUAGAAUUUAAUGAUCAGGCAGAGUGGAAAUGUGUCGCUACAAACGAAUUUGGACAUUCAGUUACGUCCUGCUUUCUUAAAUUAAUUAUUCCAAAGCAUUUUAAGAAACCUAAGUUUUUGGAGUGCUUACGAGCAGUUCUUUCUGAGGAAGGUGCUGUUAAUUUAGAAUGCAAAGUAAUUGGUGUGCCACAACCAAUUUUAAAAUGGUAUAAAGAUGGAGUUGAAUUAAAACCAGGCGAUAUUCAUAAAAUUACAUCUGGCGAGGAUGGCACAUGUUGUUUGGGAACUUAUACUUGUGAGGCGAGAAAUUGUAUGGGAACCGUUGCAAGCUCAGCUUCUCUGCUUGGUUUUGAAGAGCAACGAACGAGGGCACAACAGCAACGAAUGGAGUUAGCUCGGCAACCAUCUUUAUCAACAAUACACGAAGAAAGGACAUCCCAAAUGUACGAUACAGCAGGAGACCAUUCUAUGGCGAUAGAAGGAGAAGUAUCAUUUUCAUUUGAAGGCAAAGAGGUUUCUGUAUCGUUGUAUGAUACUCCAGAUCUAACGGAGGAAGAAGCAAUUCAAAUAGUUGAAAUGUAUGCCGAUCAAUUAUCAGAAAAUGUAUCAGCUCACAAUGUAGUUGAGCUUCCUCCGCUAAGAUUUGUUAAAGAAACUUCGACUUCGGGCAAUUUAUUGAUGGAAGCUGUGUUGGUCGACGUAACCGAAGAGUUUUAUACUCCUGCUGAGGAUGAUUUACGCACAGAAGCAGAUGUUGAUGAGCUUUAUUCUUUAGCUGAUGAAAGUGGACAACCAUUAUCCUCUGUGACAUCAGAAAAAAUUAAAAUAGAUUUGAAUUCCAAUAGUGAUAAGCCCAAAAGACCACCCAGAAAGUCAGAUUCUCAGCAUACCAAUUCAUAUUAUACUUUAUCAAAAAACCCAUCCCUGCAGUCUGAAGAAGCUGAGGAAAGCUUAGCUGCAGCAGCGGAUUUGGAAAGUGAAUCGUUUGGUGAUUUUGAAAGUGCUAUUAGUUCAGAAAAAAUAAUCGAUGAUAGGGCUUUUCAAGUAGCAGCAAUAACAGAAACAAGCAGUUUACCUGGGGACGAUUUGGAUUCUAGGCGUCCACUGACUCCUCGUACCACUCAUGAAAUAGGUUCUGAUCUAAGAGUAAACCGAAGUGAAAGUCAAGAGCUACAAAAUGUAAAAACGCUGCGCUCUGACGAAAGUACCAGCAAAGGUUGGCCUGAAAAGGCCCAUAGCUUAGAUUUACAAGAUAAUGCAUUCCAAAGAGAUUUACAGGGCGAAGAAGGUGACGGUCUUGUUAUUGAUCCAGAAAUAACUGCUGCUAAACAAGUGGAGCUCCAAGAUAAUGAAAAUCACAUUAUAAAAGAUUUAAAAAUAAAUUUAAAUAAAAUAAUUCGUGGUUUAAACUCUGUAAAUACUCAUAUACAAAUAGAAACUUCUGCCAAGUCAUCGACUGCAUCAGCCACAAAAAGUAUUGAAGUGCUGAAUAGUAUUUUACAACCCAUUAAGGAUAUGCAAAUCGUAUUUGAAACUUUACAUGAAAAACAAGCCACUCCUGAAAUUUCAACGGUAGAAUUUAUAGCUCCUCCAAUUUUUGAUUUACAAAAAAGUUUAUCUGUAAUUGAAAAAUGUCUUGAAAUGAAGGGAAAGGAGCAUACUAUGGUUCAAAAAACUUGUGCAAUCAUAUUGGAAAAUACCUACCCGAAUUUACACAAUAGUUUAAAUUUGGUUGAAAAAAUUACUUUAUUGGAAAAAGAAUUGGAAAGCACUAAAGGUACAGGAAGAAUGACACCCUCAAAAAUUAUUCAAGAAGUUUGUAUAACAAUAAAAGAAAUGAGAGAUGAAUUAAACAAAACCAAUAGUUUACUCGAGACAAAAUCUAGACAAAAAACGAGUUCAUCCAUAUCAGAAAGUGAAAUUUCGGAUAAUUGUGAUAUUCUUUCAUAUUUACUGUAUCAGGCAAACAAUAUUUGUGAGGGUAUAUCAAAAUUGGAGGAUAUUUUGUUGAACAAAGAAAACCUUCAAAAUCCAAGUCAUUUAAUAUUGGAACAAAUAUCGGAGCCCAUCAAAGCUCUGGUUAAAGAAGUUAAAGUAACUGAAAAGCAAGCUUUGAGAUAUGCGGGUGAAAGGAGCUUUAAACAGGAAUUAAGAUUGGCCAUAUUGGAGAGUCUGGGAGUCCCUACUAAUGAACUUUCAAAAGGACUUAAGGUCAUUGAAAUCCAAGACCCAAAUGAUGUUCACACUAAUACAAUUAAUAUUCAAAUUUUAAACUCUUUUAAAAUUUCAGUAGGGGAAGUAAUAAAUUCGAUAGAAAAAAUUAAACAAAAUAUUCCUCCAGACACCGAAAAGUCAUACAAAUUAUCUGAAGAAGUUGUUAAGGAAGUGUUAAACGAAGUUCAUAAAAUCGUACUUAAUGAUGUAACACAAUCUACUGAAGAGUUAUUAUUUAACAUUGAAUCCUCUCAAACAACUGUUCAGGAUACCACCAUUUUAGAAGCAUUGCGGCAGUUGUCUUCUUUACAAAAAGAUUUAAUUACCACGAUUAGUCAGGUUGGAGAAACUAAAACCGAUUCUGUGGUUAAAGCUAUAGAAAAUUUAAAUCAACCUAUCCAAAUGUUAAAUUCCUUGGUAAUGUCGAUGCCACCAAACAUCGAAAGAGAUGUAUUAGAUGAAAUUAUUGCCACUCUAAUAAUGUUGGAAGAAAGUAUUGUUAUUAAUGAAGACUUGACUAGUUCAUUGGAUAUUUGUCAGUUAUUUUCAGCGCUUAAAGAAAGAACUUUCAAGAUAAAAGAAAAUAUUUGUGGAUUAACUGAAUAUGGUACAGUAUUGGAACCUUUAACAGAAGACAGAAGCACAGUUGUUAUAUUAGAAGAUUCUUCCAUUACCACAGUACCAUCCAGUCUUGUCCAGGAUACUCAUCAUUGCAUUAGUUUGGUGGAAGAACAAUUAUCGUCUACUGUAGCACAAGAAAUUCUAAAACCUCUAGUGCCUAUUUUAAAUGAUCUUUAUGAAAUUACAAAUGAUAAUUUACUCACUAAGGAUAAAACUGAUUUAUCGGUUAGUGACAGGUUUAAUCUACAGGUUCAUGUAGCCCCACUGGAAAUAAUCGAAGAUAAAAUUAUUGAAGCUAUUGACGAAAUUAUGUCCAAAGAGCAUUUUGAAGGAAAAUCUGCAUUAAAAGAGUUACUAGAACAUUUGCAAUAUAAUGUAGCAGUGAUGCAUCAACAAAUUAUUGAUGAAGCGCAAUUUAUUUACGAUGUAUCUCAAACACCAGGUCUUGUCUUAAAAGAUUUAAAACAAUCUAUUCAAUCUUUCCAAAAACUAUCUAUCAUGACAGAGGCAACACCCGUUACAUCUGAAGACAUGAGUAAUGCUGUUUUAAAAAAUGUUUGUGAAUUGGAAAAAUCACUAGCUACUUUAUACGAAACAACAAUAGUUGAUGGUACCGCUUAUAUUCCUGUAGAAUUACUACAACAAGCAUCAGAAGUAGUAGAAUGCUUGGAAUCUUUAAAGAAAACAUCAAUGUUUGAUAAAAAUAAUCCAACUCCUUUAUCGGAUGCACAUAUAGAAGAAUUACAAAAACUGUCAAAACCAUUGGAACAGCUUAGUAAAACAAUAACAAUGUCACAAAUAACUGAAGAAAAAAGGCAUAUAUUAUUUGAUUCAGUUAAAAUACCUUUGAUUGAAAUUGCAGAAUUUAUUGAUGAACUUGGAAAUAUGGAUUUAAGAGAUGCUGUUUGGUGUCUUCAAGAGCCUUUAAGAAAUGCCAUUGAAAUAACUUCCUUAGAACAAACCAACUAUGAUAUCAAACCUGACGAUUAUGAAGAUUUAGGACCAAUCGCCAUAACCUUAUCAGAAUUGGCUGUUAACAUAUCUUCUCAAAUGAAUUUAAGAGACUUUUCAACCAUUGUCGGCAUUUUAAAACCUAUUCUUAAUAGUUUAGAAAUUCAAUUAAGUGAAAGCGAUAAACCAAAUUUGAGGCAUAUUAUAUAUUCCAUUAAAGAAAUUGCAGAAGCAAUAAAAGAAAUAUUAAGCAUGUCCAGUUCAAUGGAAGAUACUAUUGUAGAAUUGGAAGAAGAAAUUUCGAAAGAUGAAAUAAAUACAGAACCAACCAUAAAAAUAACUCAAAAAACUAUUGAUGUAUCCUCAGAAGUUUCUAAAGAAGACAAAAAAUUAGAAAAAGAACAGACCAUAAUGGAAGAAAAUAUUAAUUUAGAAGAAUCGCCAUUAUUAAAGUUAAAGAAAAAUAUUACUUUAAUAAAUAAUAAUUUCGAUUCCAAACAACCCUUGAUAAUUGAAUUACAAGAGCAAUUGCAAUGUAUUGAUCAUCAAACAAUUAAAUUGAGUUUAACAGAAUUGGAGAAUUUAAUUCCUUUAAUUAAUAAACUUAAUGUUGCUACAGAAAAAAUUAUUAUAAACCAAAAAGAACAUACUGAAGAUAUUGAACAACUUACCAAAAUAUUAGAAGAUUUUGAAACUUCAAUUCCAACUGCACAAUUGCCCAAACAUAUAGAAGAACAUUUAAUUUUAAUUGGUAAUCAGUUUGAAAAACUUGUUAAACCAAAAAUUGAUAUAUUUGAAAGGAGUUUUAAUAAGUUUAUGGAUACAUGUAAAAGUAAUAAAGUAAAAUCUCAUAAAAAAGUUUUACUAUCUGAAUUACAACAUACUCUUCCUUUAGUAAGGAUGGAUAUAGCAGAAAUAGGAUUUAUGGAGUUGGGUAAUGAUGAGGAAGCUCUAAUUGAUAAAGCUUCUGAAUCGAUAAUUUCCUUGAAUGAAUAUCUUCUUUCUGAUGAAUAUAAUUUAGAAAAUGUUAAUUCUAAAAUUAAAAAUAUGGUUUCCGAUUGUAGCGUUAUAACAGAAAAGAGUAUUUUAAAAAAUAUUAAACGAUUAUUUAAUAUUACGUUAAUCGGCUUAAAUAAAAUUAAAAAAAGCGAGGAUGAGGAUAAAAAUGUAAAGUUUCAAAAUAUUGAAGCGGUUUCUCAAUCAAUUCAAGGUCUAGCAAAAGGGUUAGCUGGCAUUAAGUAUGAAAAAGUUAAUAAAGACUCAAUAAUUAAACUACAGAAAUCUUUAAAUCCUUUACAAAUAGCAAUUAAUGAUUUAAUAGAAUAUCCACUUACAGAUGGAGACAUGAAAUAUUUAGAAAACAUUGGUAAAAUAUUUAAUGACCUGGAUACAUUUGUAACCUCUAAAUUGGUUAUUCAAGAUCAAGUGCCAGUUAUCCAUAAAGAAGAAAUAUUUUUCUUUUUAAAUAUAUUAAAUAGAGCUACCAAAGCUAUUGAUAAAAAAUCACCUAUAAAACAAAUUGCGAGUAUGCUUAAUACUAUAAUAGAAAUUUUGCCAGAUGUAGCACAACAACUGGAGGCUAGUUUCGGUGAAAAAGUUAAAACAGAUAUGAUUGCUGACGUUUUACAAGACCCACUUAAUAACCUUGAUGAUUCCCUACAAAUAGCUAUUAAUGAUGAAGGUAAUAUUAUAAAGGAAAAGGUAAACGAAUCUUUACAAAAUCUAAAAGAAAACUUGGAAGUAUAUCUUACAAAAUGUAGAGAAGUAUUAACUGAAAAGGAUAUAAUUUUAAUAUCUAAAACCGACGAAUACAUAGCUAAUUUGGUGAAAUUGGUAGAUGAAAAUAAUUAUUAUGAGAUUAAUAAAAGUAAUGAUAUUUUUGAAGAUAUUAUAAAGCACCAUGAACUUCCUAUCUCAACGGUAGCCCAAAAUAUUUUAGAUUUUGGAAAACGGUUAAUAUCUGCUCAACUAGAAGAAACUAAAGAAAACAAACGCCAACUAUUAACAGAAACAUCAUCUAAUAAACCAGUAUUAGAGAAAGAAGGUGAACUUAAAAAAGGAGAAAUAAUUUUAGAUGACAUAAUAAUAUCUUCAUUACACCAUUUACAAAAAGCUAUUUCCACCGUCGAUAAAAACACACUUAACGAAGAUAAGAAAGCAGCUAUUACAGAAUUGGAUAAAUCAGUAAAUGCUGUUGAAAACACUAUUAAAACAGUUCUGAGCAAAUUUACAGAUAUUAAUAGUUUGUCAGUUGAGGAAAAAUAUGUUUUAAAAGUCGCAGAUAAUACGUUAAACAAAUUAAGUGAAUAUAUAACUGGUUCGCAGAAAUUAAAUGAAUCAUCGGAAGAAUCGGUAAAAAAAGUAAAAGUCUUAAUCGAAAACUUAAGGCUGGCAAUUAUAUCUGUUCCAAAAGAAUCAGAGUUAAAAGAAGUAAUGGAGCCAUUUGAAGAAACUGUCAAAAAUGCAAUUAAUCUCAUUGAAAACAUUCCUGUUCCUUCACAGGCCAAGGAUAAUUUUGUUAGUACUCUUAAAUUAACGGAUGAAAAUAUUUUAAAAUUAAAGCAAAGUAAGCUGACAAAAGAACAGAUUCUAAACGCCAACAAAUUGGAAAAGGCAAAUAAAGAAAUAUGUCAUCAAAUAAAGGAGAUAAAGCCCCAGUCUGAGUUUGAUCAUUACAGUAUUGUUGAUGCAAAUAACUGUUUACAGGAAAUUAAUAAACUAAUUGAAGCAUUUUUACAAAGAAAGUCAAACACAUACGAUUUUGAAGAACUGACAAAAAAACUUGCCAUUUUUAUGACCAAUAAAUCACCCAUGUUAUUCGAAAUAAAUGAGCAGAUGCAAAAUUCUGGUGAAGAAAUAAAGCUUCUUUUAUUGGCUGAUAAAUCAAUAAGUUCUACUGUUUCCUCUACUCUAACACAUUUUCAACAUACUCUGCAUAAUUUACAGAAUUUAGUAAGCAUAAUUGAAAAUAACUCAAAUAAUAAAACAUUAAAAACCUUAUCUGUGGAAUUACAAAGACCAUUUACUACACUUCAGUUUAUAAAUAGUAGUAUAUUAGAGGAUAAAGUUGAAAAAUUCGAAACACAUGAUAUUCAAAUCGUCGAGUCAACAUUAAAUUUUUUAACCCAUUUACAACAAGCUAUGAAGAAUUUAGAACCGACUAUAAAAAUUGAGUCUCUUAAUGACUUACAGAUUAAUAUUAAAGAGUUAAAAACUGUAAUCGCAAGUAUUAAUCUUGAAUCAAUAGCAAAAGACUUAAACGAGCCUUUGCAAGAUAUUUUAAGAAGCAUGGAUAAAGCACAUGAAAGAUUAAAUAAUUUUUAUUUAGAAGAAAGAGGUGUGAAAAAUUCAGCAAAAAAUAAACUUAUUAAUUCCUUGCAAAAAUUGCAAGAAAACGUAACGCAAUAUUCUAAAAAUAAACUUUCAGAUGUACACACUCUUAUUUUUAAUGAUCUGCAAAAUCCACUGCAGGCAAUAAUAAAUACUGUAAUUGAAAAACAACCUGAUGAUAUACUUUCUGAAAAUGUAGGUAUUUUGUCAAAUUUAAGCGAUUCUAUUGAAAAUAUUUCCAAUAAUUUAUGCAACGAUUUAAGUCAGCACAUUCAAACUGUAAAGACAAACGUAAAUUUACUUAUCUUGAAUCAGCAAGGACUUCAGGAAUUCAUUAAUAAUGAUGACUUAAAAAAAUUAGACCAAGGCAUUGAUAUUGUAUAUUUAUUAAAUGAUAUACCGGAAAUAAUGAAUUCCAACAAACCACAUGAAAAAUUAAACAACUCUGUAAUUAAACUGCUAAAUUUUACUGUAAAAACCAAACAUUUACACAGGGGAAAUAUAAAUUUAUUUUCCAAGCUUAUCGAACCACUUGAAAAACUACAAGAUCACAUAAAUAAAUGUGCAGAUUUUAGCGUAAAUAAUGAAGAAUUGCCCAUAAUUAUGUCAAUAAUAAAUUCAUUUGAACAAAUAUCUAAUAAAAAAAAUCUGGAAGAUUUAAAUCAAACAACAUUUAAUGAUUACGAUGAGUCAUUAUGUGAUUUGCAAAAUAAAUUAAUUAGCAUUUGCAUGAAAGCUGUUUUGUUAGAUAAUACAGAAAGGGAAAAAUCUUUACUCCAACAGUUGUUGGACCCACUGGAAAAUAUUACCAAAUCUAUAAUAAGCAUGCAUAAUGAAUUGUCUAAACGAGUUAAACUUAAAAAAAUUUGCAACCAAAUUUUAAAAGAAAACGAAAGUUUAAUACAAAAUUUAAAUUUAGUUGUAGAAAGAAGUCAUGAUUUAGGCUUCCUAACAUCCUUAAAUCAUAGUUUUGAAGACCUAAAUAUAUUAUUAGGCUCAGAAAAAGAACAAGAUGCAGGUUUAUGUAAAUUAAUUCAAAGUCAUUUAAGUCGUUUAUUACAAACUAUUAAUGACGUCAAAAUUAAUUUGGAACAAAAUUCAAAAACACGCAGAUUUAUCGAAUCGUUUAGUAAUUUACAAAAAACCUUUGAUGGGUGCUUAUUUAAUUCAGAUCUACAAAUAGAUGAUAUGACACAUUUAUUUGCAUCGAUAGAAUUCUUUAACAAUGAACUUAAAAAUGAAUUAAAAAUAGAAUUGGAUAAUAAAAAAGUAUUAAACUUAAAACAGCCUAUGGAGGUACUUAAAUCAGAAAUGUUAAAAUUACAGGAAAUUAUAGUUGAAGAGAAACCUAAAGCGUCUCAAGCAAUUGUUUCUUUACUGGAUUUAAGAGAAGACCUUAUUUGCCUUGAACAAUCAAUAAAUGAAUUUGAAUCAGAAUCUGUCGAGCUCAUGCAAGAUUUAAAUAUUCAAAAAGAAAUAGCAAAUCUUAAAGAAUCAUUGGAAAAAUUAUCAAAUAUUUUUGUUACUACACAAAAUUGCCUUUACAUGCCAAAUAUUGUAAAUGUAGAUAAAUCCAAAAUAAAAGCAGUUACUGCCUUAUUAAAAGAAACAGCCACAUAUAUUGAAACAAAUACAGAAAUUGAAUUUAUUCAGAUAUUGAUAAACCCAAUUAAACAAUUAAAUGCUAAACUAGACAAAUUAUUUAAUGAUGAUGAAAAUGAAUAUAAAAUAAUUGAUAGCAUUAAAUCAAAUAUACUUUUGUUUAAAAAUGAUUUAAAUACUAUAUUAUCUAACACACAAAAUAUAAUUUUAUUAAAUUCUAACGAAGAAUUUGUGCAAUCAUUAUUAUUUUUAAAUGAUUCACUUGAUAAUUUAAAAUCGCUCUUACAAAAUAAAUUAUUAGACAAUUUAAAUGAGAACGAAAUUAAUAUUUUAAGUAGCAAUACUUUAAUAGUACAUGAAUACCUCUCAGAAUCAUUAAAGGUACUAAAUUAUAACAUAUUUAAAAUAAUUGAGGAAUUAUCUGAAACCGGCAAAUUACCAGAAGUAAAAGAAUUACACCGUUUAGAGAACUUAAUACAAAAUAUUAAAAAAUUAAAAUUAGAAUCACAAAAUCUUAAAUCAGCAAUUUCUGAUAAACCACAACAAGGUAUUAUUAUGAUUAUAGGUCUAAAGGAAGCUUUAGAAAUGUUGGAAGAAACAAUUAAACUAACCUCAAAUGAAGAUAUUGAUAAAUUGCCUAAUACUGCCGUACAAAAAGUUCAAGCUUUAAUUGAACCUAUUGAAAAAUUAAGUAAACAAAUCAUUCAUAUAAAAGAAUCACCAGAUGUUCAAUAUUUAUAUUCUUCCGAAGUUAUAAAUGCUUUACAGGCUGUUAAAUGUGGAAUUGAAGAAAUUGAAUCUAUUUCAAAGGUUUCUCAAACUAUGCAAACAUUAUCCACAUCCAUGGAACCCCUAAAAGCUAUAAUAUUAACAAUUCAAAAGGAACUUGAUAAGUCAUUAAUGGAAGAGCCUAAAAGAAAGGACUUAUUUGUUAUAGAAGAAAUAUAUAAGCCAAUUCAUAGCUUAACAUUGGAAACAGAAGCCUUAAAAUCAAUACUUAAAGACAAUAUUCAAGAAGGUAUUCUAUCAAUCGUCGAAAUACAGAAACCGUUAAAAUUAAUAGAAAAUACAAUAUUGCAAACUUCUAAUGAAGAUUUUAAAAAACUAUCAAGUGAAGCAAUUAAAAAUGUAAUAGCCCUAGUUGAACCUAUUAAAAAAGUAUGCAAAAUCGUUGUUAAUGUAAGAGAAGCAACGUUAAAACCAGAAAUCCAUUGUGUAACAGCCGCAGAAAUCAAAAAAGCGUUACAGGCUGUUAAACAGGUUAUUGAACAAAUAGCAUCUGAAGAUGUAGAAACUAAGUUUAUGCAGGUAUUUUCAAAAUCUAUGGAACCGUUAAAGGCUGAAAUAUUAAACUUGGAAAAGAAGUUAGAAAAUAGUGAAGAAAAAGACAAACACGUUCUUAACCAAUUAGUCGAACCCAUGCAAAUACUAAAAUUGGAAUCUCAAUCCUUGGAAGCUACUAUUGCUGGUUUGCCUCAACAGGGUAUUUUAUCAAUUGUGAAAAUAAAUCAGCCAUUAGAAUUAUUUGAGGCCACAAUUAAGCAAGUCUUGGAUGAAAACUUUGAUGAUAUAUUUGGAGAAGAAGUUAAUAAAGUUUAUGCGUUAAUAGAGCCAAUUCAAAAAUUAAGCAACAUCAUUGUUAGCAUAAAAGAGGCUACAAUAAAACCAGAAAUCCAACCUAUUGAAGUUUCUGAAGUUAAAACGGCUUUAAAAGCUUUUAAUUGUGCUAUUAAAGAAGUUUUAUCUGUAAAACAAGUGUCCAACAAUAUGCGGACGAUAUUAAGCUCCAUGGAACCCUUAAAGGCCAAAAUUAUUGAAAUUGAACAUGAACUGGAUGAACCAAUAUUAAAAAAGAAGAAAAAAAUGGAAAUAAAAACUUUAAAACAAGUAUGUGAGCUAAUUAAAUCCCUAAAUUUAGAAUUAAUUAUAGCGGAUAAGCCUCAAAAGGGUAUUUUGACAAUUGCCGAAAUAAACGAACCUUUAGAAUUAAUUGAACACACAAUAAUGCAAAAUCUAAAUGAAAAUAUUGUAGAAUUAUCUCCUGAUUCGUUGGAAAAGGUACAAGCUUUAACAGAGCCAGUUAAGAAAUUAUGUACCUUAGUGGUAGAUAUCAGGGAGGCAAGUUUGAAACCAGAAAUCCAAAGUCCAACACAUUUACAAAUUAAAAAUGCCGUACAUGCUGUUAAAAAAGUUAUUGAAGAUUUGGAGUUAGUAAAAGAAGAAACAACAUUUAUGCAGGUAUUAUUAAAUUCAAUGGAACCGUUAAAAGCAACAAUAUCACACAUUGAAAAUGAGUUAGAAAAAGCACCUUCAGAUAAGACUGAACUUAAAGAACAACACGUUCUUAAACAAUUAGCCGAACCCAUACAAAUACUAAAAUUGGAGUCUCAAUCACUUGAAGCUACUAUAUCUGGUUUGCCUAAACAGGGUAUUCUUUCACUUGUUAAAAUAAAUGAACCAUUAGAGUUAUUUGAGGCAACAAUUAAGCAAAUCAUUAAUGAAAAUGUUGAUGACAUAUCUGGAGAAGAAGUUAAAAAAGUUAAUGCUUUAAUAGAGCCAAUUCAAAAGUUAAGCAAAAUAAUUAUAAAUAUAAAAGAGGCUACAAUGAAAUCAGAACUUCAAUCUAUUGAAGCUUCUGAACUUAAAACAGGUGUACAAGCUUUUAACUGUGUAAUUAAAGAAGUUUUACCUAUAAAAGAAUUGUCUAAUACUAUGAAAACAAUAUUAAAUUCAAUGGAGCCUUUAAAAGCUAAAAUAAGUGAAAUUGAAGAUGAACUGGAUGAACUCAUAUUGCAAAAGAAAGAAAGAAUUGAAACCAAAACAUUAAAAGAAAUAUGUGAGCCGAUUAAGUCCCUUAAGUUGGAGUCACAAAACCUUAAAUCAAUUAUAAUAGAUCAGCCUCAACAGGGUAUUUUGUCAAUUGCCGAAAUAAAUGAACCUUUGGAAUUAAUUGAAAACAUAAUAGUGCAACAUCUGAGUGAAAAUAUUGAACAAAUGUCUUCUGAUACAUUGCAAAAAAUACAAGCCAUAAUAGAGCCAGUUCAAAAAUUAUGUACGGUGGUCGUGUGCAUAAAAGAGGCAUGUUUGAAACCAGGGGUUCAAUGUCCAACACCUUCUAAAGUUAAAAAUGCUGUACAUGCAGUUAAAGAAGUUAUUGAAAAAAUUGCAGCAGUACAAGUAGAAACUAAGUUUAUGCAGGCAUUUUCAAAAUCUAUGGAACCGUUAAAGGCUGAAAUAUUAAAAAUAGAAAAGAAGUUAAAAAAUAGUGAAGAAAAAGACCAACACCUUCUUAACCAAUUAGUCGAACCCAUGCAAAUACUAAAAUUGGAAUCUCAAUCGUUGGAAGCUACUAUUGCCGGUUUGCCUCAACAGGGUAUUUUAUCAAUUGUGAAAAUAAAUCAGCCAUUAGAAUUAUUUGAGGCCACAAUUAAGCAAGUCUUGGAUGAAAACUUUGAUGAUAUAUUUGGAGAAGAAGUUAAUAAAGUUUAUGCGUUAAUAGAGCCAAUUCAAAAAUUAAGCAACAUCAUUGUUAGCAUAAAAGAGGCUACAAUAAAACCAGAAAUCCAACCUAUUGAAGUUUCUGAAGUUAAAACGGCUCUACAAGCUUUUAAUUGUGCUAUUAAAGAAGUUUUAUCUGUAAAACAAGUGUCCAACAAUAUGCGGACGAUAUUAAGCUCCAUGGAACCCUUAAAGGCCAAAAUAAUUGAAAUUGAACAUGAACUGGAUGAACCAAUAUUAAAAAAGAAGAAAAAAAUGGAAAUAAAAACUUUAAAACAAGUAUGUGAGCUAAUUAAAUCCCUAAAAUUAGAGUCACAAAACCUUAAAUUAAUUAUAGCGGAUAAGCCUCAAAAGGGUAUUUUGACAAUUGCCGAAAUAAACGAACCUUUGGAAUUAAUUGAACACACAAUAAUGCAAAAUCUAAAUGAAAAUAUUGUAGAAUUAUCUCCUGAUUCGUUGGAAAAGGUACAAGCUUUAACAGAGCCAGUUAAGAAAUUAUGUACCUUAGUGGUAGAUAUCAGGGAGGCAAGUUUGAAACCAGAAAUCCAAAGUCCAACACAUUUACAAAUUAAAAAUGCCGUACAUGCUGUUAAAAAAGUUAUUGAAGAUUUGGAGUUAGGAAAAGAAGAAACAACAUUUAUGCAGGUAUUAUUAAAUUCAAUGGAACCGUUAAAAGCAAAAAUAUCACACAUUGAAAAUGAGUUAGAAAAAGCACCUUCAGAUAAGACUGAACUUAAAGAACAACACGUUCUUAAACAAUUAGCCGAACCCAUACAAAUACUAAAAUUGGAGUCUCAAUCACUUGAAGCUAUUAUAUCUGGUUUGCCUAAACAGGGUAUUCUUUCACUUGUUAAAAUAAAUGAACCAUUAGAGUUAUUUGAGGCAACAAUUAAGCAAAUCAUUGAUGAAAAUGUUGAUGACAUAUCUGGGGAAGAAGUUCAAAAAGUUAAUGCUUUAAUAGAGCCAAUUCAAAAGUUAAGCAAAAUAAUUAUAAAUAUAAAAGAGGCUACAAUGAAAUCAGAACUUCAAUCUAUUGAAGCUUCUGAACUUAAAACAGGUGUACAAGCUUUUAACUGUGUAAUUAAAGAAGUUUUACCUAUAAAAGAAUUGUCUAAUACUAUGCAAACAAUAUUAAAUUCAAUGGAGCCUUUAAAAGCUAAAAUAAGUGAAAUUGAAGAUGAACUGGAUGAACUCAUAUUGCAAAAGAAAGAAAGAAUUGAAACCAAAACGUUAAAAGAAAUAUGUGAGCCGAUUAAGUCCCUUAAGUUGGAGUCACAAAACCUUAGAUCAAUUAUAAUAGAUCAGCCUCAACAGGAUAUUUUGUCAAUUUCCGAAAUAAAUGAACCCUUAGAAUUAAUUGAAAACAUAAUAGUGGAAAAUCUGAGUGAAAAUAUUGAACAAAUGUCUUCUGAUACAUUGCAAAAAAUACAAGCCAUAAUAGAGCCAGUUCAAAAAUUAUGUACGGUGGUCGUGUGCAUAAAAGAGGCAUGUUUGAAACCAGGGGUUCAAUGUCCAACACCUUCUAAAGUUAAAAAUGCUGUACAUGCAGUUAAAGAAGUUAUUGAAGAAAUUGCAGCAGUACAAGUAGAAACUAAGUUUAUGCAGGCAUUUUCAAAAUCUAUGGAACCGUUAAGGGCUGAAAUAUUAAAAAUAGAAAAGAAGUUAGAAAAUAGUGAAGAAAAAGACCAACACGUUCUUAACCAAUUAGUCGAACCCUUGCAAAUACUAAAAUUGGAAUCUCAAUCCUUGGAAGCUACUAUUGCCGGUUUGCCUCAACAGGGUAUUUUAUCAAUUGUGAAAAUAAAUCAGCCAUUAGAAUUAUUUGAGGCCACAAUUAAGCAAGUCUUGGAUGAAAACUUUGAUGAUAUAUUUGGAGAAGAAGUUAAUAAAGUUUAUGCGUUAAUAGAGCCAAUUCAAAAAUUAAGCAACAUCAUUGUUAGCAUAAAAGAGGCUACAAUAAAUCCAGAAAUCCAACCUAUUGAAGUUUCUGAAGUUAAAACGGCUCUACAAGCUUUUAAUUGUGCUAUUAAAGAAGUUUUAUCUGUAAAACAAGUGUCCAACAAUAUGCGGACGAUAUUAAGCUCCAUGGAACCCUUAAAGGCCAAAAUAAUUGAAAUUGAACAUGAACUGGAUGAACCAAUAUUAAAAAAGAAGAAAAAAAUGGAAAUAAAAACUUUAAAACAAGUAUGUGAGCUAAUUAAAUCCCUAAAAUUAGAGUCACAAAACCUUAAAUUAAUUAUAGCGGAUAAGCCUCAAAAGGGUAUUUUGACAAUUGCCGAAAUAAACGAACCUUUGGAAUUAAUUGAACACACAAUAAUGCAAAAUCUAAAUGAAAAUAUUGUAGAAUUAUCUCCUGAUUCGUUGGAAAAGGUACAAGCUUUAACAGAGCCAGUUAAGAAAUUAUGUACCUUAGUGGUAGAUAUCAGGGAGGCAAGUUUGAAACCAGAAAUCCAAAGUCCAACACAUUUACAAAUUAAAAAUGCCGUACAUGCUGUUAAAAAAGUUAUUGAAGAUUUGGAGUUAGUAAAAGAAGAAGCAACAUUUAUGCAGGUAUUAUUAAAUUCAAUGGAACCGUUAAAAGCAAAAAUAUCACACAUUGAAAAUGAGUUAAAAAAAGCACCUUCAGAUAAGACUGAACUUAAAGAACAACACGUUCUUAAACAAUUAGCCGAACCCAUACAAAUACUAAAAUUGGAGUCUCAAUCACUUGAAGCUACUAUAUCUGGUUUGCCUAAACAGGGUAUUCUUUCACUUGUUAAAAUAAAUGAACCAUUAGAGUUAUUUGAGGCAACAAUUAAGCAAAUCAUUAAUGAAAAUGUUGAUGACAUAUCUGGAGAAGAAGUUAAAAAAGUUAAUGCUUUAAUAGAGCCAAUUCAAAAGUUAAGCAAAAUAAUUAUAAAUAUAAAAGAGGCUACAAUGAAAUCAGAACUUCAAUCUAUUGAAGCUUCUGAACUUAAAACAGCUUUUAACUGUGUAAUUAAAGAAGUUUUACCUAUAAAAGAAUUGUCUAAUACUAUGCAAACAAUAUUAAAUUCAAUGGAGCCUUUAAAAGCUAAAAUAAGUGAAAUUGAAGAUGAACUGGAUGAACUCAUAUUGCAAAAGAAAGAAAGAAUUGAAACCAAAACAUUAAAAGAAAUAUGUGAGCCGAUUAAGUCCCUUAAGUUGGAGUCACAAAACCUUAAAUCAAUUAUAAUAGAUCAGCCUCAACAGGGUAUUUUGUCAAUUGCCGAAAUAAAUGAACCUUUGGAAUUAAUUGAAAACAUAAUAGUGCAACAUCUGAGUGAAAAUAUUGAACAAAUGUCUUCUGAUACAUUGCAAAAAAUACAAGCCAUAAUAGAGCCAGUUCAAAAAUUAUGUACGGUGGUCGUGUGCAUAAAAGAGGCAUGUUUGAAACCAGGGGUUCAAUGUCCAACACCUUCUAAAGUUAAAAAUGCUGUACAUGCAGUUAAAGAAGUUAUUGAAACAAUUGCAGCAGUACAAGUAGAUACUAAGUUUAUGCAGGCAUUUUCAAAAUCUAUGGAACCGUUAAAGGCUGAAAUAUUAAAAAUAGAAAAGAAGUUAGAAAAUAGUGUAGAAAAAGACCAACACCUUCUAAAACAAUUAGCCGAAUCCAUACAAAUACUAAAAUUGGAAUCUCAAUCCCUAGAAGCUACUUUAACUGAUUUGCCUAAACAGGGUAUUUUAUCAAUUGUUAAAAUAAAUGAACCAUUAGAAUUAUUUGAGGCAAUAAUUAAUCAAAUCAUUGAUGAAAAUGUCGAUAACAUAUGUGGAGAAGAAGUAAAUAACAUUAAUUCUUUAAUACAGCCAUUCCAAAAGUUAAGCAAGAUUAUUGUGAUUAUAAAAGAGACCACAAUAAAACCAGAUGUUCAGCCCAUAAAAGUUUCUAGAGUUAAAUCGGCUGUACAAGCUGUCAAGUGUGUUAUUGAAGAAAUGUUAGUUGAAAAAGAAGUAUCUAAUACUUUGCGUACGAUUUUAAGCUCAAUAGAGCCUUUAAAAGACCAAAUUAGUAAAAUUGAACAAGAAUUAGAUAAAACAUUAUUGGAAAAUAAAGAACAAAUUUCAACCAAAACUUUGCAACAAUUAUGCGAGCCAAUUAGGUCCCUAAAGUUGGCGUCACAAAAUCUUAAAUCCAUUAUAACGAAUAAGCCUCAACAGGGUUUUUUGUCCAUUGCCGAAAUAAACGAACCUUUGGAAUUAAUUGAAAACACAAUAACGCAAAAUUUUAAUGAAAAUACUGAAGAAAUAUUUUCUGAUACAUUCCAAAAAGUACAAGCCCUAAUGGAACCAGUUCAGAAACUAUGUACAUUAGUCGUGUGCAUUAAAGAAGCAACUUUUAAACCAGAAGUCAGUUGUGUGUCACCGUCUGAAGUUAAAAAUGCUUUGCAAGCAGUUGAAGAAGUAAUUGGACAAAUUGAAUUAGUAAAAGAAGAAACUAAGUUUAUUCAUGCAUUGACGACUUCAAUGAAGCCACUUAAAGCUAAAUUAACAGAAAUACAAGAAAAAAUUAAAGAUAUACCCUUGGAGUCGACACAUGUUCUUAAGCAAUUAGUUCAAACAAUUAAAAGUUUAAAGCUAGAGUCUCAAAUUUUUCAAUCAGUCACUUUGGAUCUACAACAAAACGAUAUUUUUUCUAUUUGUAAAAUUAAAGAACCUUUGGAAUUUAUUGAAGAAACAAUUAUGCAAAACAUUAAUGAAAAUACUGAGGAACUAUCGGGCGAAGCCAUUAAAAAAGUUCAAGCUUUAAUAGAACCAAUACAAAAAUUAAAUGCAGUUAUUAUCAAUAUUAAAGAGGCAACAAUAAAACAAAAUAUACAAUCCAUAGAACACUCAGAAAUUAAAAAAGCUCUACAGGCCGUUCAAUGCGUCAUCGAAAAAGUCCAAUCUGAAAAAGAAUUAUCUAAAAUGAUGCUCACAUUAUCUAAUUCAAUGGAACCCUUGAAAGCUAAACUCUCUGAAAUUCAAUUUGAUUUAGAAAAGAAGGAAACUAAAAAAGCAAAUCCCUUAAAACAAUUAUGUGAGCCAAUCCAAUCUCUUAUUUUGGAAUCUCAAAGCAUUAAAUUAAUAUUAUCGAAAAAACCACAACGGGCUGUUUUAUUAAUUUCUGAAUUAGAACAACCCUUGGAGUUAAUAGAAAAAUCUAUUCAAAAUACAAAAGAUGGUAAAGAAAAAUUAUCCAAAGAAGAAACUGAAAAAGUUUAUGAGUUAAUAGAACCACUUCAAAAAUUAUCAAAAGUUAUUGUUACUAUUAAAGAAUCAGUUUUAAAACUAAAAGUUCAACCUGUGGAGACUGUUAUAAUUAAAAAUGCUAUACAAGCAGUAAAGUGUACAAUUGAUGGAGUAAAAUCUAUUGUACCAUCUUGUAUGGCUAUACAAGAUUUAUCAAAUUCAAUGGAACCCCUUAAAGCAAAAUUAUUAGAAAUACAGGAAGAAAUUGAAGUUAAAGCAUUAAAAAAGACAGAAGAUCAAAGUAUGCAGGCUGUGAGAAUGUUAUUGGAGCCCAUACAAAUUCUUAAGUUAGAAUUUGAAUCUCUUAAAUCAGUCGUGCUUAAUAAUCCUCAACGAGGAAUUUUAUCUAUUGAUAAAAUAAAUGAACCUGUGGAAAUAUUAGAAAAAACUAUAAAAAUCAUAAAUGAAAAUGUCGAUGAAUUUACCGAAGAAGAAAAUAUAAAAAUUAAAACUUUAAUAGAACCGAUUAAAAAGAUGAGUGUAAUUAUAGUAAAUAUAAAAGAAUUGGAAUCAAACUCAGAAAAAAGCAUUAGCAUUCCUGAUAUUAAAAAGGCCUUACAAGCAGUUAAGUGUUCUAUAGGAGAUUUGGAAUGUAUUUCACAGCCAUCUAAUGCAUUAAUAACCUUAUUAAGUGCCUUAAAGCCAUUGGAAACUCAAACUUCAGAAAUUCAAAAAUUGAUUGAUAAAUCUCAAAGAAACGAUUUGAAGGCUUUUAAAAAAUUAAUGGAACCAGUUCAAUAUUUACAACAAAAAUCCAGUGCUUUAAUAUCUAUAUUACCUAAUAAACCACCACAAGUCAUCCUAUCAAUUGCUGAAUUAAAUGAACCAUUAGAAUUAAUAAGAUCACAAUUAUUGGAAAUUAUUGAUAAAAACUUUACUGAAUUAGCUUCUGAAGAAGUUCAGAAUAUUAAAACAUUAACAGACCCCAUUGAAAAAUUAAGUAAAAUGUUUAUUAAUAUAAAAGAUAUUGCUUUGAAUCCAAUAGUUUAUUCAGUUGAACUUGGUGAUAUCAAAACUGCUCUUCAGGCAAUUAAAGGCGCCAUUGAGAAAAUUUCAUUAAAAAAACAAUCAAAACCUAUACAAAUAUUAUUAAGAUCGAUGCAACCCCUCAAAACUAAAAUAUCUGAAAUAGAAAAUGCCUUAGAUACAAAUGAAAAAAUGCUUGAAAAUAAAGUUAAGAAUUUAGAAAAACUAAAAAGUAUCGCAGACCAUGUAAAAUAUUUUAAGGAAUACAUUAUUAAACAUAAUCAGUUCGAAGAAAAUGAAAUUCUUGAUAAAAUUGUUAAAUGUCUUACCAGUUUCUCAAAUAGUUUAACAGACUUAAAUUGUGAUGCUUUUAAAAUCAAUGAAAACGAUAUAUUACUUUUAUCUGAUAUAGUAAAACAAUUGGAUAUUUGUAAAGACAUACUUAAAGCCAUUGAAAGCAACAAAAAUAAAGUAAUUGUAUUAAAUACAAAAAUUAACGAAAUGGCUUCCUCUUUACCAUUAAUUAUAACUGCAUUAAGUAAUGUCGAUAAAAUAUCAGAAAUGUUAAGUUUAAAUAAAGAAUCACUUGGACAACUAAAUAAAAACUUACACGAUCUUAAAACUAACUUAGAUUCUCGCAAAUUUAUAAAAGAAAUGUCUGACCUUAUAAAAUCAGAAAAUAUAUCAAGCAAAAGCGAUGUUUUAAAAUAUAUUAUAUUACCAUUUUCUCAAUUAAAAGAUGAGGUGCAGUUGUUUUCAAAUAAAUCCACUCAAUUACCUAUUGAAUCGCGUUGUCUUUCAGAUAUGGAACCAAAUAUUAGUAAAAUAAUUUCAUCUCUGUCUCAAUUCGAAUUACAUUUUAAUAAAAAUGAAGUGGCUUGUAAAGAAUUUGUUGUUAACUUAGAAAGCUUGCUUAUGCCCAUUGAGGAUCUUUUAGUCGAAUUUGUAAAAAUUAACUCUAUACUGGAUAGUCAAACCUUCUUUGAUCAUAAAUCACUAAUUGUUAAUUUAAAUAAUUUAAAGCAGACGAUCGACGCAGUACUGCUUAACACUACAAAUGCAAGUUUAGUUAAACCAACACGUGUUUUACUGGAAGAAUUUUCAGGAAAUUUAUUCAAUAUUAUUAAUUUAUUAAAUACGAGCUUAAGCAAAGCAAUAACUAAUAAAUAUGAUAAAGAUAUACCAAUUCUUAACGAAAUUGUCGCAGAAAUAGAAUUAAUUGAAAUUGAUGCCCAAAUUCUUAACAUGCAGGAUAAAACACCUACAAAAGUUUUAUCCAAUUUAAAAAAUCCAAUAGAAAAUGUUGUAUCAUCAUUUAAAGGUAAAGAAUAUUCAAUUGAUUUGAAAUAUAUAUUAAAAGACCUCAAAAAAACAACAAAUGAAGUUAUUAAUAGUUUAAGAACAAUAAAAUCUGUUAUGUCCAGCGAUGAACUGCUGUUGUCAGAAAUACCUAUUUUACAUAAUAAUCUACAGUUAUUUAAGAAAUAUUUAAAUGAACUUGUUCAUACCAACAUUGAUAAAGACAUAGGGAAUUCAAUACAUCUAUUAAAUAUUGAAAUAGAUCUAAUACUAGACACAUUAGUAAAAAAUAGAAAAGAUUCUACAUCGCUAUUAAGUUUAAUAUUAAAUCUUAAGCAAUUAAUUUUAAUUAUUAAAAAUGUAGAAAUUUCCAUCAGCACAGAUAAUUUACUUUUAAAUUUACACAUUUUAAAAGAUUCUACAGUUCAAUUACAAGAAAAUCUUAAUUUGGCAAAUGAAAUGGGCGAAAACAUAAAUGAUUUUUCCAAUGAAUUCUUUAGCAUAAUUAUGUCCCUUUCAAAUAGGGUAUCUUAUAUAAAUAAGGCAAUAAACCAUAUAGCAUCUGAAGGAAUUGAUGACCUUAUAUUUAGUUUAAAAAAUAUUUGCACUGAAUUAUACGAAGUUAGUAAUUUUGUAUCAUUAAAUGAAAAAAUGGAAAUAGUUCAACAGUCUUUAAGUUUAUACUUAAAAAAUAUUAAGAAAAUCAUUGAACAACUUAAUAAAAACCAAACCGAAACAUUUAAACUUGCUGAGGAAGAACCACAAAUAAAAAUUGAACAAAAAGCAGAUAAAGAAAUAAAACAAGAAACAGCAUUAAACCCCAAAGUUAAUGAGAAGGAAGACUUAAACGCCAAAAAAGAAGUAGACCAAAAAUCCAAAGAAAACGACCUGAAAACUAAAGAAGAUGCUGAAAAGAAGUCGGAGGAACUAAAAGCAAAAGCCAAAGAAGAAGCUGAAAAAAAAACAAAAGAAGAUGCAGUACUAAAAGCUAAAGAGGAAGCAGAAAGAAAAGCCAAGGAAGAAACAGAUUUUUAUUCUAAAGAUGAAGCUGAAAAUAAAAUUAAAGUAGAAGCAGACCCGAAAGCUAAAGAAGAAACAGACCAUAUAUCUAACGAUGAAGCAGACAAAAAAGCCAAAGAAGAAACUGAAAAGAGAUCGAAAGAAGACGUAGACAUAAAAGCAUUAGAGGAAGCUGAAAGAAAAGCCAGAGAAGAAUCAGACUUUAAAACUAAAGAGGAAGAAGAAGGAAAAGUCAAAGAAAAAGCAGACCUAAAAGAAGCCAAGGAUGAAAAUAAAUUAAAAGAAGACAAAAAUUUAAAAACCCAAGCGGAAGCAAUAAGAAAAGCAAAAGAAGAUUCAGAACACAAAGCUAAAGAAGAAUCAGAAAGAAAAGUAAAAGAAGAAGCAGAACUAAAAGCUAAGGAGGAAGCAAACACAAAAGACAAAGAGGAAGCAGAACAAAAAGCCAAAGAGGAAGCAGAACUAAACGCUAAGGAGUCAUCCGAAAGAAAUGCCAAAGAAGAAGCAGAAAAGAAAGCGAAAGAAGAUGCAGAAAGAAAAGCCAAAGAAGAAACAGAGCAAAAUGCUAAAGAGAAAGGCGGAGAAAAAUCCCAAGAAGAAGCAGAUCUAAAAGCCAAGAAGAAAUCAGAAAAAAAAGACAAGGAAGAAGCUGAGAAUAAAGCGAAAAAAGACGCAGACUUAAAAGAAUCAGAAAUAAAAUUUAAUGAAAAAGCAGAACUGAACGCUAAAGAGGAAUCAGAGAGAAAACCCAAAGAGAAAGCAGGACUGAAAGAUAAGGAAAAAGCAGAAAUAAAAGCCAAAGAAGAAGCGGAAAUGAAAGCUAAGGAAGAAAAAGAAACAAUAGCCAAAGAGAAAGGAGAACUGAAAGCCAAAGACGAAGCAGAAAGAAAAGCCAAAGAGGAAACAGAAAAGAAAGAUAAAGAGGAAUCAGAAAGAAAAGUCAAAGAAAAAGCAAAACUAAAAGAUAAGGAGGAAGCAGACAAAAAAGCCAAAGUGGAACCAGAACUAAAAGCUGAGAAGAAAGCAGAAAGAAAAGCCAAAGAAGAAUCGGAAAUAAAAGGGAAGAAUGAAGCCGAAAGAAAACUUAAAGAAGAAACAGAUAAGAAAGCGAUAGAAGACGCAGAACAAAAAGCUAAAGAGGAAGGAGAAAGAAACGCCAAAGAGGAAGCAGACCAAAAAUUCAAGAAGAAAGCAGAAAGUAAAUCUAAGGAAGAAGCUGAGAAGAAAGCAAAAGAAGAUGCUGAAUUGAAAGCUAAGGAGGAAGUAGAAAGAAAAACCAAAGAAGAGGCAGAACUAAAUGCUAAAGAGGAAGCCGGAAAAAAAGCCAAAGAAGAAGCAGAUCUACAAGACAAGAAAGAAGAUGAGAAAAUAGUAAAAGAAGACGCAGAGUUACAAGAUAAAGAGGAAUCGAAAAUCAAAGUCAAAGAAGAGUCAAAACUAAAAGCUAAAGAGGAAGAAGAAAAAAUAGCCAAAGAGGAAGGAGAACUGAAAGCUAAGGAGGAAGUAGAAAGAAAAGCCAAGGAGGAAGCAGAACUAAAAGAUAAAGAGGAAUUAAAAAGAAAAGUCAAUGAAAACGCAGAACUAAAAGCUAAGGAGGAAGCAGACAAAAAAGCCAAAGUGGAAGCAGAACUAAAAGCUAAGAAAGAAGCAGAAAGAAAAGCAAAAAAAGGAGCGAAAAUAAAAGUUAGUGAGGAAACCGAAAUAAAAGCCAAAGAAGAAGCUGAGAAGAAAGUGAUAGAAGAAGAAAAACUGAAUGCUAAAGAAGAAGCAGACAUAAAAGAUAAUAAAAAAGAAGACACAGAGUUACAAGCUAAAGAUGAAUCAGAAAGAAAAGUCAAAGAAAAGUCAAAACUGAAAGCUAAUGAGGAAGAAGAAAGAAUAGCCAAAGAGGAAGGAGAACUGAAAGCUAAGGAGGAAGCAGAAAAAAAAGCCAAAAAAGAAGCGGAAUUAAAAGUUAAAGAAGAAGCAGAGAAGAAAGCGACUGAAGACGCAGAACAAAAAGCUACAGAGGAAGGAGAAAGAAACGCCAAAAAAGAAGUAGACCUAAAAUCCAAAAAGAAAUCAGAAGAAGCUGAGAAAAAAGUGAAAGAAGAUGCAGAGGUUAAGGCUAAAGAGGAAACAGAAAGAAAAGACAAAGAAGAAGCAGAACUAAAAGCUAAGGAGGAAGCAGAAAGAAAAUCUAAAGAAGAAGCAGAACUGAGAGCUAAGGAGGACGCAAAAAGAAAAGCUAAAGAAGAAGCAGAACUGAGAGCUAAGAAGGAAGUAGAAAGAAAAGCCAAAGAGGAAACAGAACUAAAAGCAAAAGAGGAAUCCGUAAAAAAUGCUAAAGAGAAAGCAGAAAGAAAAGCUAAAGAAGAAGCUGAGAAGAUUGCGAAAGAAGAUGCAAAGGCUAAGGCUAAAGAGGAAACAGAAAGAAAAGACAAAGAGGAAGCAGAACUGAGAGCUAAGGAGGAAGCAGAAAGAAAAGCUAAAGAAGAAGCUGAGAAGAUUGCGAAAGAAGAUGCAAAGGCUAAGGCUAAAGAGGAAACAGAAAGAAAAGACAAAGAGGAAGCAGAACUGAGAGCUAAGGAGGAAGCAGAAAGAAAAGCUAAAGAGGAAGCAGAACUGAAAGCUAAGGAGGAAGAAGAAAGAAAAGCUAAAGAGGAAGCAGAACUGAAAGCUAAGAAGGAAGCAGAAAGAAAAGCCAAAGAGGAAGCAGAACUAAAAGCAAAAGAGGAAUCCGUAAAAAAUGCUAAAGAGAAAGCAGAAAGAAAAGCUAAAGAAGAAGCUGAGAAGAUUGCGAAAGAAGAUGCAAAGGCUAAGGCUAAAGAGGAAACAGAAAGAAAAGACAAAGAGGAAGCAGAACUGAGAGCUAAGGAGGAAGCAGAAAGAAAAGCUAAAGAAGAAGCUGAGAAGAUUGCGAAAGAAGAUGCAAAGGCUAAGGCUAAAGAGGAAACAGAAAGAAAAGACAAAGAGGAAGCAGAACUGAGAGCUAAGGAGGAAGCAGAAAGAAAAGCUAAAGAGGAAGCAGAACUAAAAGCUAAGAAGGAAGCAGACAGAAAAGCCAAAGAGGAAGCAGAACUAAAAGCAAAAGAGGAAUCCGUAAAAAAUGCUAAAGAGAAAGCAGAAAGAAAAGCUAAAGAAGAAGCUGAGAGGAUUGCGAAAGAAGAUGCAAAGGCUAAGGCUAAAGAGGAAACAGAAAGAAAAGACAAAGAGGAAGCAGAACUGAGAGCUAAGGAAGAAGCAGAAAGAAAAGCUAAAGAGGAAGCAGAACUGAAAGCUAAGAAGGAAGCAGAAAGAAAAGCCAAAGAGGAAGCAGAACUAAAAACUAAGGAGGAAGCAGAAAGAAAAGCCAAAGAAGAAGCAGACCUAAAAGCCAAGAAGAAGGCAGCAAGACAAGCUAAAGAAGAAGCUGAAAAGAAAGCGAAAGAAGACGAAAAGCUUAAGGCUAAACAGGAAACAGAGAGAAAAACCAAAGAAGAAGCCGAAAAUAAAGAAGAGGCAGAAUUAAAAGCAGAAGGUAAAACAGAAAGAAAAGCCAAAAAAUAUGCAGAACUUAAAAAUGAAGUAGACCAAAAAGCUAAAGAGGAAUCGGAAGACAAAUCAAGGAAAGUUAAAAAAGAUUUUGAAAUGAACUCAAAAGAAGACAUAGAACCAGAAGCCAAAGACAAAAAAGCCAAAGAAAAAUUAGAACUUAAACCUAAAGAGGAUGCUAAAAAUAAAGAAAAAGUAGAAAUAGAAAUAAAAGUAAACACGGAAACAAAAAUAAAAGACAAAAAAACAGCAGAGAUUAAUGAAGACGUUGAAAAAAAAGCAAACAAAAAAUCUCAACAAGAAAGAGAAUUAAAUAUUAAAAAUGAAGAGGUUCAAAAGCAAUCCAAAGAAGAAAUAUUAGAGAAACAACAAAUAGACAAGGAGACUAAAAAAGAAGCUGAAAAGAAAGACAGGAAUAAAGAAAAAAUAAACGAAACACAAAAUUCGGUACUUAAUGGACAUGGCGUGGACAAUGCAUCAAUAAAAAAAAAGUUUGGUUCAGAAAGAGAUGUACAUCAGUUUAUGGGCCGAGAUUUUAGUAAUUUGGGUUUUGAAGAUUUUAAACCAACUUCAUAUCAUGGUCCAAGAUAUAUUGCUGGGAAGCCAGUAUUUAGUAUGUCCCUACAAAAUCGCACAGCUACAAUAAACUGCAGAAUUAAAUUGACUUGUAGUGUGAUUGGAAAUGAUAAUAUUUUAAUAAAUUGGUUAAAAGAUGGCAAACCUCUUGAAAAUAUGCCAAGAUAUGAUGUAACGUUUAAAAAUAAUUUAGCUCUUUUAGAAAUCUUAAACACCACUAUUGCUGAUUCUGGUGAAUAUACUUGUAUAGCAAAAAAUGAAGAGGGUUCCAAUAGUACAUCUGCAAACUUAGUUGUGACCGAAUCUCUAGAACUUCCUCCAUUAUCUCCAACAUUUACAAGACCAAUACGAGAGCAUUAUAGAUUAUCCACUGAUGAAUUUUCUCUUGAAUGUAAAAUUCGUAGUAAUCCUUUAUCCACUAUUAAAUGGUUUAAAAAUGGAUCAGAAAUUUUAUCUAGUGAUAGAAUUUUAAUGCAAUAUUUAGCUGAUGGUAUUUCAAAAUUAAUUAUUAACUCACCAACUAAAGAAGAUAAUGGAUUAUAUACCUGUAAAGCAAGUGUUAAUACAUGGUAUGAUCAAAUUUCCCAUGAAGUUAAAUUUACUACAAAGGAAGAUUUCUUAAAACAAAAAUUGGAAAAAAAAUAUAUUUCCAAAUCUCGAUCAGGCAUCAGGAGACCCUACUUUUCUGGAGUUUUGACAGACAAUAUUGUUUCAUCAGGUGGGGUAAUGGCUUUGCAGGUUGAAGUUAAAGGUGGUCCGGCAGAUGUGUGCUGGUUUAAAGACAGUCAAAAACUACCAAAAACAUCUUACAAACAUAGAACAUUUGAGGAAAGUGGUGUUCAUACUUUACUUGUGUCAAAUAUAAGUGACUAUGAAGGUGGCAAAUAUACAUGUCGAGUAUCAAAUGCAUAUGGCCGUGCCGAAACUUCUUCUUAUGUACAAAUAGCACAUUCAUCAGCUAUGGAAAGGGGUAAACCUGCAAUGUUUUUGUCAAGGCCAGAUAAAAUUUUAAAUGUGGCCACUGGGGAGGAUAUUACUGUAUCAUUUAGACUUACUGGAGAUCCAAAGCCAAAGGACCUUCCCCCAGCAAUUUUAAGUGAACCUGUCAUAAUAGAUAGUGGUCGUAAUUGGGCAACCCUUUCGUGGUCAAGACCAGAAUACCAUGGUACUUCGAUAAUAGCCUUUAGGGUUGAAGCUUGGCUUAAAGGAGGGGAAGGUGGUGCCAGAUGGGUAGAACUGGGAAUAACUCCCAGAACGACGUUCGAUGCAUUUAAUUUAAAACCUGAUGGUGAAUACCAAUUUAGAGUCACUCCUCGAAAUAGAUAUGGCUGGGGAGAAAGUAUUCAAAGUAGUAGUGUGAUUAUUGGAAAGCCUACUGAGAUACCUGAAUUUACAAAAAUAUUGCCUGGCCAACUUAAGGCGUUACUUGGAUCAAAAGUAUUAAUGGAAUGUGAAAUAAAAGGAGACCCAUCACCUGAUAUUAAAUGGUUUAAAGAUUCCAACGAACUAUUUAUGGAGGAUAGCAGUCGGUACAAUAUAUCAAAAGUAGAAGGAAGUUGCCUGUUAUCAAUCGAUAAUCUACAAGAAGUCGAUAAUGGAAGAUACAUAUGUGAGGCUACCAAUAAAGUUGGAAGGGUUUCUACUUUUGCAAGGUUAUCUGUAAUCUGUGAUGCAAAAAUAUUAACUGCUGAUAAACAGUUAAAAUUAGGUAUUAAGGAUUUUUCAAGUAUAAAUGAACUUCCACCACAGUUUACAAUGAGAUUAAGAGAUAGAAGAGUGCAAAUUGAAUAUCCAGUGCGAUUAACUUGCCAAGUAGCUGGACCUUCAAGCACGAUUACCAAAUGGUUUAAAGAUGGACAAGAGCUUCACAGUGAUUCUCGUCAUUCCUUUUCAACAGAGGACCAUUUCCACACCCUUGAAAUAAGCAAAACACACUAUGAAGACUCUGGAGUAUAUAGUAUAAUGGCUCAUAAUUUAUUCGGUUCAGUUGCAUGUAGGUGUAAUUUAGUUGUUGAUAAAGGAAUAAAAGCAUACAUUUCGCCGGAGUUUGUUAAUCAUUUGGAGCCAUCAUACAACGAAUUACAUGAAGGCGAAGAAUUAAGACUUUCUGGGAGAAUUGAAGCCUAUCCAGCUGUAGGUGUUAUGUGGUAUAGAGAUGGCAUUCGUUUGCGACCCUCAAGAAGAUCAGCUAUGACUUUAGCGCAUAAUGGGUGUUUGGAACUUGCUUUGGCAAAUGUAACUGGAAGGGAUGCAGGUGUUUAUACUUGCGUAGCUUCAAAUGAUGUUGGAAGAACUGAAAGUUCUGCAAGAGUGGAAAUAUUUGAAGGAAAAAAGAUCAUUACGAUCGAGUCAGAGAGAAUUCAAGAACCUACUUCUGGUAUACCUACAGUUUUAGAGCCUGGAAAAGUUAUUCCAUAUUCCAAAGAACCAAAAUUUUUAACAAAACCUUUAUCAUCUGAAGCUUAUGAAGGAGAUUAUGUCGAAAUAAUUUGCGAAGUUAUAGGUGACCCAAAGCCCGAUGUAAUGUGGUUAAGAGAUUUCCUUAGGCCCGAUUAUUAUAGAGAUGCAUCUCAUUUUCAUCUAGUAGGAAGUGGUCCAGAAUACCGACUAGAAAUACCAAAUGCUAAAUUAGAUUACACAGGAACAUACACUAUAUAUGCCAAAAACUGCAAUGGAGAUGCCAAAGCAAUUAUUUCUUUGCAAAUAAAGGCAAAAGUGCGUUUAUUCUUGUUGCAGCUGAUCCACUUAGGAGGUGAUUUCAAUGCCGACUUUGAUGGCGAAACCGCCAGAUUAUCAAUUAAUCAAGUUUACCCUGAAGACGAAGGGGAAUACACUUGCGUUGCGUAUAACGAACUAGGAAAGGCGAUUACAUCCGCAUGUCUUAUUGUUGAUUUGCCAGAAGAAAAAGAAAAUCUCCUUACCCAACAAUUAUGUCGCCCUGCUGGAUUAUCGGCAGGAACUACUCCAAUAACUUCUCCGCGAAUAACCCCCAAACGUAGCGUAUCUCCCAGACUUCGCACCAUCGACCAUUCAACCAUGGAAGCAAGGCUACGCAGAAUUAGAGCCACCGCUCCCAAGUUCUACGCAGUACCUCGAAACAAAGUGGCAGAACAGGGUGAAACUGUUCGUUUUCAAUGUUCAGUAGCUGGACAUCCCGAACCUUGGGCUACAUGGAAUAAAGACGGCAAACCAGUGACUCCAUCUGCAAGAAUUAGGAUUACUGAAAUGGAAGAUCUAAGAAUACUGGAGAUCAGAGAAGUAGUUCUCGAUGAUUCAGGAUUAUAUAAAGUGGCCAUAGAGAAUGAUGUUGGAAGAAUCGAAUCUACGGCAAGGUUAGACGUUAUCGCUCACCGAGUGGUAUCAAGUGAAGGUAUAAGAGCAAGAAGCUUGUCACCAAGGACUGCACCAACCUACACAAAAAGCUACAUUGGAGCUUCAGCCAGAUUAGGCAGCACAACAAGAUUGUCUUGCGAUAUCAGAGCAAGGCCUUUACCAUCAUUAAGAUGGCACAAGGAUGGAAUUCCUCUCGAGGAAUCUCCAAAAUACACAACAUGCAUUGAAAAUGAUGUGGCAUCAAUAGAAAUUGAUAAUGUACAAUUCGAAGAUCAAGGAAUGUACACCUGCGUUGCUACAAAUGUUAAUGGCACCGCUGAAACAUCUGUGCAACUUGAAGUCACAAGUGAUGAUCAUACACCUCCACAAAUAGUGCAACACUUACCCAGAAACCUAAAGUCUCUGGAAGGAAGUGAGUUGCAGUUAAAAUUAAAAGUUACCGGUACACAACCGCUUGAUGUAAUUUGGUUUAAAGACGGGUGUGUUUUGCCUAAUUGUUCGGAAUUUGUGCAAAAUAUUUAUGACAGCGGAUUUGUAACAUUGUGCUUACCUGAUGCAUAUGCUCAAGAUUCUGGAAAUUAUAGGUGUGAAAUAUACAACAUGUUUGGAGAGGCGUACAGCAAGUGUAACUUGGAAGUGUUAGAAAGCCAAGAUGAACCGUCUCAACUAGAAUUUUUAAAACUUCCUUCCCCAAUUAUGACUAAAGAGGGCGGAAAUGCUUCUUUUUGCGUAAGAAUUAGCGAUACAGCUGGAAAGCCCUUCGAAGUGGAAGAGGACGGUGACGUCAGCAUUCUGCACAUUUUCGGCGUGAGUCGUCAAGACAGCGGGCAAGUGAAGUGUACGGCAUCUCCGGUCGAACAGCAACAGCAACAACAACAGCAGCAGCAGCAGCAGUCUCGAGGCGCUGGAAGAAGCGGUACCAGAUCUUCCAUCAGUUGCACGACGGAGCUGACGGUGGUCGAUUGUCUUGGUGUAGCGUACGACAGCGAAGGCGCGCUUGACGUUGAUUCUGUGCUCGGUGGCAGUGAGAGUGAAGCCUCCAUGGAGGUCUUAAGUGGUGAUAAGCCCGAUGCGAGUGAAGUUUUCAUGCGGAGGAUCGACGAACCGGCCCAGGUUAUUAGAGGCCCGCAGGACACGACGGCCUUAGUGGGCGACAGAGUGCUGCUCAAGGCCACCUAUAUGGGUCAUCCGGAACCGAUUGUCAAAUGGACGAGAUCGGGAAAAGAAUUGAAAAAUGAUGAAUGCACGAGUAUAACCUCAGGCGAAGGAGUAUCCUGUCUUCUUUUGCAAAACAUAACGACCGACGAUAGUGGAAAAUACAAUAUCUGUGUUGAAAAUGACUACGGCGUUGAUUGUAACUUUGCUUCAGUAUCCGUUGAAGGACCACCAGAUCCACCAAGUGGCAAACCGUGUAUAACAGCGAACCUGGAUACUGUGACAGUGGCCUGGAGCAGCUCGCCAUACGAUGGUGGAAAAAUCGUCACUGGUUUUGCAGUUGAAUAUUCCCUCGUAGGUAGUGAUAUUUGGUCAACUGCCAUAGAAAAUUGUCACUGCUUAAGCUACGUCGUUAAGGGACUACAGCCUGGUGGCAGAUACGUCUUCAGGGUCAGGGCUCUUAAUAUUCACGGAUACAGUAAACCUGGACAAGAGUCUGAAAUUAUCCAAAUGGAGGAACAAAACAAAUCAUCUGCCUUUGAGCCACGUAUGGUUAACGUAGAACCAGGGCCAGAAUUUAAAUCUCGAUUUGAAGUUUUGGAAGAACUAGGUAAAGGCCGUUUUGGUGUAGUUCACAAGGUUAUUGAAAAAGUCACGAACCAAAAAUUGGCGGCCAAGUUUAUCAAAUGCAGAACAUCCAAAGAUAGAGAUAAAGUACAAGAUGAAAUUGAUAUUAUGAAUCUCCUAAGGCAUCAGAAGCUGCUUCAAUUAGCAGCGGCUUUCGAAAAUCCUAGAGAUAUGAUUAUGGUUAUGGAAUAUAUUUCCGGUGGGGAACUUUUUGAAAGGGUUGUAGCUGACGACUUCACACUGACUGAAAAAGAUUGUAUAUUAUUUAUGCGACAAAUAUGUGAAGGUGUUGCUUAUAUGCAUACACAAAAUAUUGUACAUUUGGACCUAAAACCUGAAAAUAUUAUGUGUCACACAAGGACAUCACACGAAAUUAAAAUAAUCGACUUUGGAUUGGCCCAAAAAAUUAAUCCUGAUGCUCCCAUUAGAGUUUUAUUUGGUACUCCAGAGUUUAUUCCUCCUGAAAUCAUCAACUAUGAGCCAAUCGGUGUAGAAUCGGACAUGUGGUCGCUAGGUGUCAUAUGUUAUGUUUUGUUAUCCGGUCUUUCACCAUUUAUGGGAGAUAAUGAUUCUGAAACGUUUGCAAACAUUACAAGAGCUGAUUACGACUAUGAAGAUGAGGCAUUUAAUACAGUAUCACAAAAUGCAAGAGACUUCAUCGGAGCAUUACUGGUCAAACGUAAAGAAGAAAGGUUAUCUGCAGAACAAUGUCUUAAGCACAUUUGGCUGGAUCCGGAAACUCACCAAGAAACUGUCGUCCUAUCGACCGACAAACUUAAAAAAUUCAUUAUACGUCGUAAAUGGCAGAAAACAGGCAAUGCUAUACGUGCCCUCGGGCGAAUGGCCACGCUUUCAGCUAGCCGUAGAAAUUCUGCUAACUCUACACCAAACACACCAAGACCUUCGAUUUCUGGUAAUUCUGUUCAAAAAAUGUCUAGUCUAGAGGAAGAAAUUGAUUUAAACAAUUACUCUCAAACAAACGGUUUACCGAAAUCGAAAGAUGUGGAUUUUAACCUUUUAAAUACAAUUUUGGACGAGCCAGAUCGAUUAGUCGUUAAUAAAACAGAAGAAGAACAUUUACCAGUUAAUAAUCCAGUUAAAACAAAACUGGAAAACAUUGAAAUUGAAUUAGCCCCAAAUGGAAUUAGCCCAAAAGUUAUAAAGGAAAUUCGAGAAGAAGUGGAAAGUAACAAAGUUAGAACCAGAGCUUGCAGUGAAAGAAGUGAUAGUGGUAUAAGCGACUGCUCUUCACAUCUUACUUCUAAUAGUUGCUCUUCAACACCUCUUUUAAGUAAAAAAUUCCGAAUAAAUGAAGAAUGUGAAUAUAAAACCGAAGAAUCCAAGAAAUACGUUGUGACAACCUCGCUGGUUUUAAAUUCACCAGAAAUUAAAUCGAAUAAUGUCAAUACGAGGAAGUCGGAAACAAAUAUGAAUAAAGAGGAUGUUAAUUUAAAAGCUACUAAAACAGUACCAAGUAAUAGACCGACUGAUUUAAGUUUAAAACUUUCAAAUAAAAUACAAAGCUUUAAUAACAAUGUACCUGUAAAAUCCAAAUCUCCCAGCGCGUCGAACAGCCUAAAAAGACUGCCCAUAUAUUCAUCAAGAAGUGUAGCAAACGCAAUUAAAAAAUUCGACAAAUUGGAGUCAUCACCCGAUUCAUCCAGUAAUACCUCACCAACUUCCAAUUCGGAAGAUCUUAUUCCAAAAUUACAAUCACCAAUUGGAUAUAGCUCACCAAGCCGUUUUCAACCUCUUACAAAUAUGAAUAUAAUCAAUCAAAAUGUUAAAAUUCAAACUGAACAUACUUCUCGAAAAUCUUCUAGUGACGAAUCCAAAUCAAAAUCCAUCAUUUCGCCAAAACCUUUAAAAAAUGAAAAUAACACAAAUUUAAAUGUAAAACCUACGUUAAGAUAUAGAUCUCCAUCACCAUUAAAAAAGGAAAAUACCACAAAGUUAAAUGCACAGCCCACGUUGAGAUAUAGAUCUCCAUCGCCAUCGUUAUUGCGAAAAACGCAAGCUGUUAUCGCAAAAGAACAAUGCAACGAAUAUUAUAUAGCAAAAAAGGGUUUGUUAAAUCCCAAUUCAGCCAGUCGAUUUACUUGUCCUAAAUCGCCCAUACUGAAUAAAAAAGAAAAGCCAAAAAGCGAAAGCUUUCAAAAAGCAGCAGCCUUCUGGAAUUCGUCCAAAACAUGAGUAAACAACCUACGUAUUUAUAAUGGAGUUUGCUAAUGAUAUUGGUAGUAUAUAAAAUAAAUGUAUAAAAAUGUGUAUAUAAAUAUUAUUCUAAACCAAAUAGUGUUUUAAAAUAUAUAUUUUAUUAGAAAUUUAGCUCUCUUAAUUAUAUUUUUGUGUUGUACCCUCCAAUUAUAUUAUGUAAUUUUAGAGAAAUAAAUAUUAUUUAUUGUUAUUGUGUUAUUUUAUUUCGUAAUUCCC